AUGGCCACCCAAUCCCAGCCGGGCCAGAAACCUAAAGUCCAACCAUGCCGGUACAAGACCGGAAAGACCCUAGGAGCGGGCUCCUACUCGGUCGUGAAGGAAUGCGUACACAUUGACACCGGCCAGUAUUAUGCCGCGAAGGUGAUAAAUAAGCGACUGAUGGCUGGACGUGAACAUAUGGUUCGGAAUGAGAUCGCAAUCCUGAAGAAGGUUUCCAUGGGCCACCAGAAUAUCCUGACUCUGGUUGACUACUUCGAGACGAUGAAUAACUUAUACCUUGUCACGGAUCUUGCAUUGGGCGGGGAGCUAUUCGAUCGCAUCUGCCGUAAGGGAAGCUACUAUGAAUCCGAUGCUGCUGACCUGAUUCGUGCCAUCCUGUCUGCUGUCGCAUAUCUGCAUGACCAUGGCAUUGUACAUCGCGACCUAAAGCCGGAGAACCUGCUUUUCCGCACCCCCGAGGACAACGCAGACUUGUUAAUCGCAGACUUUGGUCUAUCGCGAAUCAUGGAUGAGGAACAAUUGCACGUUCUCACAACGACAUGUGGUACCCCGGGAUACAUGGCCCCCGAGAUCUUCAAGAAGAGCGGCCACGGAAAGCCUGUCGACAUUUGGGCAGUCGGGGUGAUUACCUAUUUCAUGCUCUGCGGAUACACUCCUUUUGACCGUGACUCCAAUCUCGAAGAGAUGCAGGCCAUUCUCGAAGCUUCAUAUUCAUUCACGCCCAUCGAGUACUGGCGCGGUGUUUCCGUCGAGGCCCGUGAAUUCAUUAAAACCUGUCUAACAGUCGACCCACAAGCCCGCCUAACUGCCCACCAAGCCCUGCAACACCCCUGGGUGAACCCACCAUACGACUCAGAGGCACAGAACGCCGCCCAAGAUCUUCUGCCAACUGUCAAGAAAAACUUCAACGCCCGCCGCACCCUCCACAAAGCAAUCGACACCGUCCGCGCUAUCAACAAACUGCGCGAAAAUGGCGGCCUCAUGAUGGACGGCAUGAUGAGCGUCGACCCCAAGCCCGAGCAGGUUAACGGGAGCGAAGUUACAGAGGAUCGAUCAUCAUCCAACACCCCACAGGGUAGCGGAAGCGGAGACCCCAUGGAACUCGACAGCCGCGGAAACGCCCGCGGCCAAACAGAGCACCAGAUCCGAGAACAAGAACGACGAGUCAAGGCUACUGUUGCUGGGCUGUGGAGUAAAACCGCCAACCGGGGUGACCAGUUUACGCGGCGUCGAUGA